ACCGCUCCCAGCGCCCGUACUGGUCCCAGUAACACCCCCCCACACCCCUUGCUGGUCCCACUCGCCCCCUCAACAGGUCUCAGCACCUCCGUGCUGCUUCCAGUACCGAGACUGGUCCCAGUAACUCCCUGUACUGGUCCCAGCGUCCAUACUGGUCCCAGUAGCCCCAUACUGGUCCCAGUGACCCCAUCGCGCUCCCAGCAUGCCGUACCGGUCCCGGCUCAGCACUGGUCCCAGUGCCCCCCCCCACUCUCCCAGUACACACCUAUUUACCAUCCCAGUGACCCCCAGUACCCUCCCAGUACCCUCCCAGUAGCCCCAGAAGCCCCCCAGCGCCCCCCAGUCCCCUCCCAGUCCUCUCCCAGUGCCCCCAGAAGCCACCCAAACCCCUCCCAGCCCCCUCCCAGUAGCCCCAGAAGCCCCCCCAACCCCUUACCAGUCCCCUCCCAGUAGCCCCCAGUCCAGGACUGGGGCUGGGGGGAUCAGCAGGCGAUGGGCCAGGGGCGGCUACUGGGGGGCUGUGCCUGGCUACUGGGGGGGCUGGCCCUGCUGCAGACCCUCUACCUGCGAGCCCUGCCCCCACCCCGCCCUCCCCUCCUGCCCCGCCGCCCCCCCCGCCCCCCCCCCCAUGACCCCCCCCCGGGGGGUGCUGGACACUUCGGGGACCUUCCGGGUUUAUCGUGACAUUUUGGGUCCCCCCCCUCUUUGGGACCCCCCCGAAUUAAUCCUGGCCACCCACGGCACCCCGGGACGGGUGGCGGGGACUUUAGGGGGGGCGGUGGGGGGGGCAAUUUGGGGGGGUCCCCUCUCGGUGGCCGUUUUUGGGGUCCCCAGGGAAGGGUUGGAAGAGCUGGUGGCAAUUUUGGGGGGGCCCUGCCGGGGGUUACGGCCCCGUCUGCGGCUCCACGUGGUGGUGGGGGCAGCUGCGCCCCCCCCCGCCGCCCCCCCUCCUUGUAUCCCCCAACUCCAGCCCCCCAACCCCGGGGAGAUGUCGGGGGGCCCUCCGGCGUCUGGCGACCACCGACCCCCCCAGUUACACUUUGGGGGUGCCGUACCCCGGGAAUCUCUUGCGGAAUGUGGCUUGGGAGGGGGCGGCUGGGAAAAAUGGCCCCCCCCCCCCCAAAAAAUGGGGGUCCUGGCCCCCCAAAAAUUGGGGGGCGGUUCGUGUUGCUGGUGGAUGCCGACGUGGUGCCCAGUCGGGGUCUGCGGGAGGGAUUCCUGAGGCUCCUGCGGGAGGGGGGGGCCGGAAGGGGUUUGGGGGACCCCCCAGCUGGGGGGGCCGCAAAAAUUUUGGGGGAGCCUCCAGGGCGGAGGGGCGAAGAACUUGGGGGGGACCCCAACAUCUUGGGGGCUCCAGGGGGUUUGGGGGACCCUAAAGCUUCGGGGGCUCCGGGGGUCUUGGGGACCCCCCCGCCAUGGAGGGCUCCUGAUGGUCCUGGUGGCCUCAGGGUCCCCCACACCCUGGCCCCCCGCCACGUCCCUGGUGUCCCCAGUGACCCCAGGGUGCUCAAUGCCCUGGAGGUCCCCCGCAGGGUGGGUGUCGCCGAUGUCCCAGGUGUCCCCAAUGUCCCCAGUGCCCUGGAGCUCCCCAAGGGCUUCCAUGACCCAAGUGUCCCCAAGGGCUUCCAUGACCCAGGUGUCCCCAAUGCCCUGGAAGACCCCAAUGCCCUGGAGGUCCCCAAGGGCUUCCAUGACCCAGGUGUCCCCAAUGCCCUGGAAGACCCCAAUGCCCUGGAGGUCCCCAAGGGCUUCCAUGACCCAGGUGUCCCCAAUGCCCUGGAAGACCCCAAUGCCCUGGAGGUCCCCAAGGGCUUCCAUGACCCAGGUGUCCUCAACACCUUGGAAUUCCCCAACACCUUGGAAGACCCCAACACCCUGGAGGACCCCAAAGACCCAGGUGCCACCACAGCGUCCUGGGACCAGGUGGUGUUCGUGCUGCCGGCCUUUGAGGUCCGCACUGGGACACGGGUGCCGGGGACGAAGGCAGAGCUUCUGCAGCUCUUGGGGACGGGGGACGCCCGGCCCUUCUAUGGGACACUGUGUCCCCGGUGCCAAGCACCCACGGACUACGGGCGCUGGUGGGCGCUGCCACUCGCCCCCCACCUGCGCGUGGCCUACGAGGUCCCAUGGCGGGACCCAUGGGAACCCUUCUAUGUGGGGCCGGCCCACAGCGUCCCACCCUUCGAUGAGCGCUUCCUCCAGUACGGCUUCAACCGCAUCAGCCAGGCCUGUGAGCUGCACGUGGCCGGCUUCCGCUUCGUGGUGCUGGACGGGGCCUUCGUGGUCCAUCGGGGCUUCAAGGAGGCCGGGGGCUUCCACGGAGGGCGCGAGGCCGAGCUGGGGCGCAACCGCCAGCUCUUCCGACGCUUCCGCGACGCCCUGCGCCAGCGCUACCCCCGCUCGCCCCGACGCUGCUGACACCCCCCUACCCCCCCCCGGGGACGCCGGCACGCCUGGGUCCCCCUUGGACGUCAGGGUCCCCUCUGCCAGGACACCUGGGUCCCCUACACCCGGACGUCUGGGACCCUUCUGGCACUGGACGUGGGUCUUCUCCACUUGGACACUGGAGUCCCCUCCACCGGGACACCUGGGUCCCCUUCGACGGGACACGUGGGUCCCCUCUGCCCUGGAUGCCCGGGUCCCUUCCGCAUGGGACACUCGGGUCCCCUCCACCCAGACGCCUGGGUCCCUCCGGACACUCGGGUCCCCUCCACCCAGACGCCUGGGUCCCUCCCCGGACACCCGGGUCCCCAGUAAAGAGUUUUUUCCACCCAAAUCGCUGCCACCCGCGGGCGCGGCGGAGGAGGGCGGGGGAGGGGGGGGCGGAGCUAAUGCAAAUCGAGGGGCGGGACAUGACCGUGAAGGGCUGCAAUGGCCGCGCAGGAGGCGGUGAUGGGGGCGUGGCUAUGCAAAUGGAGGGGGCGGUGUUUUGCGGUGGGAUGAAGGGGCGUGGCUUGUGUAAAUAAAAGG